AUCUGCAUCAAAUUUCAACCACCUUCAGACGACAAGGCUCGCAGGACACCAUUGUAUUUAUAUUCCCUUCGAUAGCGGCGGAGACAGUAUACCUUCAUUCAUCACGAGAUAUCAAUCAUCAUGCCCCGCAAAGAACCGAAAAUCAAACUCAAACAGGCCGAUAGAUCUGGUCCUGAUCCCUCACUCGAAACUCUCCUCGACAUUGCAGCGAAACGAAAUUUGAGUGAGGCUCAACGGCAACGUCAAGCUGAAUUAGAUUCAGAAAACGAAGAGAUUUUAAUAGGAAGACUAGGAGAUUCGAUAUUAUGGACAAUUAGUCUUUCCAUGUUACAUUUCACCUUGGAUGUAUUGGUUACUCAUCAAUACGCAGAAGAACUUGUUUGGAAAGGGGUAAUAUCUAGAACUCUACAAGCAUGCCCUGGUAAGUUAUACAUUGUGUUUGGAUAUAGUAAUAAAGUAUCUGAUUCUCACAGUUAUUUGGCUCCUCUUUUAUGCCUUUCAUCCACAUCCCGAACCUUCCCACUUGUUUCCCAGACUACCUGCCAAAGCGUAUCAAUACCUACAUGAAAUCUCCUUUUUCGCAGCUAGCAUAACUGCCGGAUGUUAUCUUAUACAUAUUACAAACGAAUAUGGUAGUUUCGCCAUCAUGAAGCAAGCUCCGCCAAUAGGAACUAUCUGGAUAUGGUCUGUGAUUGAGUUGAACAUCCUAUGGGCAGUACCUAGUGUCGCAUUUUGUGCCAUCUAUCUUAAGGUCAAAGACUAUGCAUUCCUUUAGUCGAGAAUAUAAUAUUGGAUACUGGGAGAGAUAUUCCGUGCUGAAUGCAGGAGGUUCCGUUUGAUUCCCCACAUACCAUCACCAACAACCAAGGCAUCGCCGGUCACUAGUCCAGCACCAACUGAUGAGACGUCCCGUUCAACUGGAUUAAAAAAGCACAUUUCUUGCUCUUUCUGAUGAUGGUGCUGCAUGCGCUGGAGAGAAAGGGGGGUAGGAAAAGGAGCAAUGGAUGUUUCGACUUUAUCAACCGGAAGCGGCGGAAUGAAUCUUUCUUGGACUUAUAUCGGCGACACUAAUAUCCCGCUAAUUGGUCAUCCCUCCUGGUUUUGGAAAGCUCCCAAGAUCGUGAAUUCCCGACACUAUUAACGGUGUUAUAUUCAUUUCCUGUCAGAACUGGACUUUGUAGUGGGAAUCAUCCAUUCAAAGCUUUGAAGAGCCUAAUGAUGACAUUUUCAGAUUCGAUUCAAGCUCGAUUCAUCAAUCGGUAUACCAGAAACUCCCAAUCGAUCUAGCGUCUCACGUUGAGAAUAAAAUGUACGUUCAAGACAGUCAAGUCUUUUGUGGUCUAACUUUUUUGGUUUCUUUGCCGUGAUUCUUGGCCUCA